AUGCGUGAUACGAUGAUCGAUUUGUCUGAUAUGCUGAAUUUAGAUGGCACCACUACAGAAGAGUGUGGCGACAAGGUACCUCUCAGGAUGCCCAACGUGUUGAGCAGCAAUCUAGCACCCAUGUCCUCUUUGGAGGUUCCCGCAACGACUACGACCGCAUCGAUACCUGGAUCGGAAAGGUCUAUACACAGCAACUAUAGUGCCCUAAACUCAAACCUCCAUUUAAGUAACGAGAAUGCCACAGGAACCGACGGGUUUGUUUUCGACUGCCUCAGUUCAAUUGUUAUUGAUCCUUCAGGAGGCGAGAAAGAUGGCUUGGCUAACUCCUUGUUGAAUGACAUGUCUCUGGACAAGGACCACGGCACCAGUCUCAAAGCCACUGAUCCAAACCAUACAAGGACGAAGUCUACCCAGUCUUGUAACGCCGACGGCUGGAGUAGCCUUGGGGGUAGUGGGCGGUCCCUCCCUCAGCCGCAGGAGCACACCGGUGCCAACGCGGCAUGCGGGUCGACUAAGAGCACCCUAACGUCUGAGGUUCCCAGUCUUGCCCAUCCCGUUGGUGUACCUGGGACGCAUCCCGCGAUGUAUUUCACCCCCUCUCCGCCCGCUAAUGAGCGGCAGCCGCAGCAGCUCCCGUCGUCGGAGGCGUUGUUGUACCACCCCAACGCGCCACAGACCCACGGCCAGUCGAUGGGGGAGGUCCCAGGCAUCUCCAGCUCGACGCGGUACCAACUCAGCGCGGCCGCCUCGACGAGCACGAACAGUGGGCUCCAUGCUACGCCCGUGCCGUUCCCCGUCCCGACCGCGCCGAAUGGCGUGCCGGUUUACUUCCCCUACCCAACGGAAGCGACUACGGGCCGUGUGGUGAACGACACGACGCUGACGGAACCGAUGCGGCAACUCUUGCAAUCGCCUCAGCACGCCUCCUACGUUCCCGUCGUUGCGAUGAACCCCGCUCCAGCCCCUCAGGUUAUCAUGAACGACAAGGGUCAGUACCCGCAGUUCCCUUCCUCUAAUGACGAGAUCUUCCGCAGCAACCUGUUCGUUUGCGGUCUCCCUCCCGAAGUGCGCGAUAAGGAGCUCAUUGACGCCUUUGGGGCAUACGGCGAGAUUGAGUCCGCCAAGGUGAUGCUGGACAUCCACAGCGGUCAGAGUCGUGGGAUCGCUUUCGUCAAGUUCAAAGAUGUGAAAUGUGCGGAGAAUGCGCUUUUGGGGCUCAAUGGUAGUGUACUGCACAACAGCACGAUUACCGUACGGAUCGCCAACUCCCGGGCAGCCUACAUCCCAGGUACGCCUACGAACAAGACGUUUGUGCGGAACGUUCCCCUCAUGAUUAGCAAGGAGCGACUUACCACCUACUUCUCUCAGUUUGGCGACGUGUUGGAUGUGUCGGUUCAUGCUGACACGGCGCAGGGUCGGCAGAAUCUCGUGGACAUGGGCAACUUCGACCCGUCGAUCCAUGAGUCCGGUCCGGGUGAGCUGAGGUUGAACAUCGUCUUUGUGACCUUCACCACCAAGGAGGCCGCGGCAGAGGCCGCCGCGCGGACCCACACGACCACCCCCUUUCCAGAGUGCAACGGCACCCCGCUGCUCGCGAAGGUCGCGGAGGAUAGCGCCCGACGAAUCAAGCGAUUGGCUAGGCGCUACCGCCCGAAUCAGGGUAACGACGCCCAACCGCUUCUGGGGGAGGCACCUGGUGUUCUCCCUCCAGAGUUGAAGGGCGGCAUCCUGCAGGUGCCCGCCACUGCGCCUCUUCCUGGCAUGUACCCCGCUACGCCGGCCCCAAUGGCUUACCCACAGACUUACUACCCUUCGCCGGUACCACCUUACCAGUACGUCGUCCCGCCGCAGAUGCGCGAUCUCACGCAGCCGGUGAUGGUUCCUCUAAUGUACAUGGCGCCGCCCGGGAUCCCCAGCGGUGUCGUCGCGCCGGCGCAGGCUCCCGGGCCGUAUUACCUCGUUAUGGAUGGUAAGGGUACCGGCCCUGUGAUGAUGGCUCACGCGUAG